AUGUGCAAAACAUUCACAGCCUUCAUCAAGAUCGAAACAUCCAAGAGGAUGCCCGAACGUCCUCAGUCCACACUGUACACUACAUCAGACCGUCCUCAGUCCACGCUGUACACUACAUCAGACCGUCCUCAGUCCACGCUGUACACUACAUCAGACCGUCCUCAGUCCACGCUGUACACUACAUCAGACCGUCCUCAGUCCACGCUGUACACUACAUCAGACCGUCCUCAGUCCACACUGUACACUACAUCAGACCGUCCUCAGUCCACGCUGUACACUACAUCAGACCGUCCUCAGUCCACACUGUACACUACAUCACACUUGUAG